AAAGUCAUGUGAAUAAAUGACAUGCAAUCUGUACACCUCUAAUACAAUGUACUGGACAUGAAUUUUCAGAUACAAUAAUCAUGUAUCAAGAGAUGCAUCUCUACAAUACAAUAGUCUAGUGUAUUGUGAGAUGCAUCCCUCCAAUUCAAUAGUCUAGUGUAUUGUGAGAUGUAUCCCUCCAAUACAAUAGUCUAAUGCAUUGUGAGAUGCAUCCCUCCAAUUCAAGAGUCUAGUGUAUUGCGAGAUGCAUCCCACCAAUACAAUAGUCUAGUGUAUUGCAAGACUGAUUAGCUGUGGGGGACCGAUUGCAGGGGUUUGGCUAGAUGCAGUCCCAGUGUCGCAGAAAUUCACUCUUAGCUGUGUUCAGUUUAGAACUGCAGCACUUAUGCGACUAGGGGCAAGUCUUCCUGUACUGGGAAACAUCGAGAAAUGCAUACCCCUUUGUGGUAAAGACAUAGACAAACAAGGCUAUCAUUUGCUCACGUGCAAAUUUGGAGGAGGUCCAAUAUUCAGGCACGAUGGUUACCUGGACAUCUACUACAACAUGUUGCGGGAAGUAGGCUUCCAUUGCCGUAAAGAACUGACAGCUCAAUUCCAAAACAAGCAACGCCCAGACAUAGCUGUCUAUGAUUUUCAUGAGGGCAAGAAAUUAUUGUUAGACAUUACAAUAACACACCCUUGGGCACAAAGUAACAUCUCAGGGAGCAGCACUACGGCAGGAUUUGCAGCAGUGGAAAAAGAAAAACAAAAGGACAAGAAAUACAGAGAAACUGCCGAAUCCCUAGGACACAUCUUUCGCCCAAUCGCAAUUGAGGCUUUCGGACGCUGGGGCCCCAAGGCUGAAGAGCUACUGACAGAGACGAGCAAGAUGGCACCCAUGCAAUUGGACAUGCCAGUGGGCCAAUUCAAAGCACAGUGGUCACGUCAUUUGUCGGUGACACUUCAACGACUAAAUUCGGACAUAAUCAAUAAACGGGCAUUGACAAUUGUUGGCAAGAAGGAGUCUGGUACCAGUGGGCCAGCUAACCUCGCCAAACGAGAAUUUAGUUUUGACUUUUCAUAAAUUUAUGUUUGUGUGUGUGUGUGUGCACGCGCGCGCGAGCGCUUGGUUGCAUUGUAGUUUGUAUUGUAGUUUGCAUUGUAGUUUGCAUUGUAGUUUGCAUUUUAGUUCGUGUCGUAGUUUGCUUGUAAUUUGCCUUGUGCUUUUGAUGACAGUACUGAAAAAUAUAUAUAUUGUGAGAUGCAUCUCUCCAAUACAAUAAUCAUUCACAUCCCUCACUGCAACUGCAUCAUU